AUGCUGCACCUGGUUGCUUUUCUGUUGCACUGUCUCCCUCUGGCCAUGGGACACUAUGACAUUUGCAAAUCCUGGGUGACCACAGAUGAUGGCCCAUCAUGGGAGUUUUAUGCUUGCCAGCCCAAGGCCAUGCGAAUGAAGGACUAUGUGACAGUGAGAGUGGAUCCACCAGGAAUCACCUGUGGGGACCCCCCUGAGAGAUUCUGUACUCAUGAGAACCCGUACCUGUGCAGCGAUGAGUGUGACGCGUCCACCCCUGACCUGGCCCACCCACCAAAGCUGAUGUUCGACAAAGAGGAUGAAGGGCUGGCCACCUACUGGCAGAGUGUGACCUGGAGCCGCUACCCAGAACCCCUGCUGGCUAACAUCACACUUUCCUGGAACAAGAGCAUUGAGCUGACAGAUGACAUUGUGGUGACCUUCGAGUACGGACGCCCCACCAUCAUGAUGCUGGAGAAGUCCCUGGACAAUGGGAGGACUUGGCACCCAUACCAGUACUACGCGGAUGACUGCAUGGAAGCCUUUGGCAUGCCAGCCCGGCGGGUCAGAGACCUCUCUACCACCAGUGCCAACAGGAUCAUCUGCACGGAGGAGUACUCCCGCUGGGCGGGCUCCAAGAAGGAGAAGAACGUGCGUUUGGAGGUGAGGGAUCGCUUUGCCAUCUUUGCUGGCCAGGACCUCAGGAACAUGGACAACCUGUACACCAGGCUGGAGAGCGCCAAGGGUUUGAAGGACUUCUUCACCGUGACUGACCUGCGGAUGAGGUUGCUGAGACCGGCACUUGGGGGCACCUACGUGCAGAGGGAGAACUUGUACAAAUACUUCUAUGCUGUCUCCAACAUUGAAGUCACCGGCAGGUGUAAAUGCAACCUCCAUGCCAACCUGUGCUCCUUUAAGGAGGGCAGCCUGCAGUGUGAGUGCGAACACAACACCACUGGCCAGGACUGUGGCAAGUGCAAGAAGAACUUUCGCACCAGAUCUUGGCGGGCCGGCUCCUACCUGCCUCUCCCCAACGGAUCCCCUAACGCAUGUGCAGCUGCAGGCUCGGCCUUUGGCAACUGCGAGUGUUAUGGCCACUCCAACCGCUGCAGCUACAUUGACUUCCUGAAUGUGGUGACCUGCGUCAGCUGCAAACACAACACCAGGGGGCAGCACUGCCAGCACUGCCGCCUCGGGUUCUACCGGAACGGCUCGGCAGAGCUAGACGACGAGAAUGUGUGCAUAGAAUGUAACUGCAAUCAAAUCGGAUCGUUGCACGACCGCUGUAAUGAGACCGGCUACUGUGAAUGCAGAGAAGGUGCCGUCGGGCCCAAGUGUGACGACUGCCUUCCCAAUUACUACUGGAGACAGGGUUGUUUUCCCAAUGUCUGUGACGAGGAGCUCUUGAUUUGCCAGAAUGGUGGCACCUGCUACCAGAACCAGAGAUGCAUCUGCCCUGCUGGCUACAAAGGGGUCCUGUGUGAGCAAUCCAAGUGUGACUCUGACAACAAGGCCUGCAAUUCUGCCUCCAGCACAUACCUCAGCCUAACCACCUUCCUCAUCAGUGCUCUCAUCCUCCAGCUGCGACGCUUGUUGGACUUUUGA